AUAUUUUUUUUUUGUUCUAGAAAAACAUCUAUACCACUAUAAAACCCCAAACAAAUGUUCAACAAUCAUUACAAAGCAGAGAAGCAAGUUGGUCAAUCCCUCUAAGUGACCACAAUCAUACUCCAUUUUAUUACAUUUACACCCCCUCCUACGCUAUUUCUAUAUUGGUGUGAGAAAAUGAACACUAAUUAUCUCACUUUUUCUUAUGUGUUAAUUACUUUGUUGUUACCCCUAGCAUCAUCAACAAAUUCAUAUCACUCAAAACAGAUUCCAGCUAUCUAUGUUUUUGGUGAUUCCCUUGUUGACAGUGGUAACAACAAUUAUCUUCCAAUUCAAUCAAAUGCAAAAUUUCCUCCUUACGGUAUAGACUUUGAUGGUGGCAAACCUACUGGUCGAAACACUAAUGGAAAAACUGUGGUUGAUUACUUAGCUAUACAUCUAGGGCUACCCUUUGUUCCUCCCUAUUUGGGACUUUCAAAGGCUCACAGAAACAAAAUCAUUACAGGCAUAAAUUUUGCGUCUGCUGGUUCAGGCAUUCUUCCAGAAACUAACAAUAAAACUUUGACUCUUGACAAACAGAUAAAGUUAUUCAAGAGGGUUAUUAAGAAUAACUUGCCACAUAUGUUUGAUGAAAAGGAAAAAUUAGAGAAGCAUCUAUCUGAAUCCUUGUUUGUUGUCUCUACUGGUGUGAAUGACAACUUGGUUAACAGAACCUUCCGUGGCUCUAGAAAAUUUUCUUCCUAUCUGCUAAAAGAAUUUUCCCUACGCUUGCAGAAAAUUUACAACCUAGGAGCUAGAAGGUUUUUCAUGAAUAAUAUUGCACCACUUGGGUGCUUUCCAUCAUUUGCUCCAAGACCAAGACCAAGAGGAGAAUGCAAUGAGAAAAUAAACAAGGCAAUUUCCUAUUAUAAUAAUUGUUUGCCUAAUGUACUUCAAAAGCUGCAGUCUCAACUUCCUGGCUUUUCUUUUAUCCACUCAGAUCUUUAUGAGUCCUUCAUGUAUCUAAGAGAAAAUGGACACAAAUAUGGGAUAUUAGAAACAUGGAAACCUUGCUGCCCAAAUAACAUUUUUGGUGAUCUCCAAUGUCAUCCUUAUAAUGCUACUUGUUCAAACAGAAACACUCAUCUCUUCUUUGAUGAUCACCCCUCUCAAAUUGCCAACAAAAUAUAUGCAACACGUUGCUUCAUUGAGAAGACAAUAUGCAAGCCAUCUAGCUUCAAAAUGCUCUAAUUAAUAAAUCAGUUGUAUUAUUUGAACAACAAAAUACAAAUAUAUGCUCUAAUUAAUAUAUAUGUAUGGUUAUGUUUUCACUUUGUAAUGUAGCAUUGGGAUAAGUAUAAUAAUAAACUAGAUUAAGAUCUUCCA